ACGCAUAGUUCUUUUGCAUUGUAAAGUACAGAUAAUUUUACUCAUUAUUUCUUUAGUUUUGUGCUAAUUAGAUCUCAAAAUAAAAUGUCUCGUAUUAUUAUUUUUUAAAUAUAGUCUUAUGAUUCAUUUUGUAAUGCCGGCAAAAGACCGGAAACUUUAAGGUUUCUCAUAGACAGCCCCCCUUAAUUGUGUUCUGCUGCAAAAUGGAGGACCUCGCUGUGGAAGUGUGCGGCGAGAAUGGCGCUUACUAUAAGGCUUUUAUUACUGAUGUUCAUGAAGAUGAAGUUACUGUAGCAUUUGAAAAUGAUUGGCAGCCUGAAAGCAAGUUUCCUUUUCAAAGGGUUAGGUUACCUCCUGCACCACCUAAAGAUGACAAGCCUAUUAGUAUGACGGAAGGUCAAGAAGUUGAGGUUUUUUCUCGAGCAAAUGAACAGGAAGCGUGUGGAUGGUGGCGUGCUGUGGUAAAAAUGACCAAAGGAGAUUUCCAUGUGGUGGAAUAUUUAGGCUGGGAAACAACAUAUACAGAAAUUGUGCCUAGUGACAGGUUACGUCUAAAAAAUACUAAUCAACCCAUCACAAAAGGAACAUUUCAUCAGUUUGAGAUUCCCGUACCUGAAGAUGUGCAAGAAUAUGCCAAGGUUGAUUCAGCACAUAAAGAGUUUAAGAAAGCAAUUGGUGCUGCAGUAUGUAGGUACAACCCAGAGAAGAAAACUCUCUUAUUCAUAGUUUCUCUUUCCUCCCAGGGCAAGCAAGAUGGCUUGAAGAAAAGAGCAACUAUGCUCAGUGAAAUGCAUUUUCGAAAUCUACGUCAAAAAGUAGUUCUAUUAAACAGGACAGAAGAAGCAGCCCGUCAGUUAGAGAGCACACGCCUUCAUUCUAAUUCUGGUUAUGGUGAAGAAUUCACGGUACGGGAAGAUCUAAUGGGUUUAGCAAUUGGUGCCCAUGGCGCCAAUAUCCAGAAUGCAAGGAAACUUGAUGGUAUCACAGGAAUCGAUUUAGAGGAAUGCAGCUGUACUUUUAAGAUAUUUGGAGAGUCUCAAGAGGCAGUCAAAAAAGCUAGGAGUAUGUUAGAGUAUGCAGAAGAAUCUGUUCAAGUGCCUCGAAUGUUAGUUGGUAAAGUAAUUGGAAAAAAUGGAAGAAUAAUCCAAGAAAUUGUUGAUAAGUCUGGUGUAGUUAGAGUUAAAAUUGAAGGAGAUAACGAUACUCCUAGGGAAGAGGAGGGCCGAGGUCCACCGCAGCAUAGAACAGGUAAAGGAACUUUGGAUAUGCAAGUUCAUAGGAAAUCUACAUCUCAUUCCAGCAUGACUGACAGAACGUCUAGCCAUUUGGUGGAAGGCACUGUUACAGAAAGAACGUUCAGCGUUCCUUUUGUGUUUGUUGGAACGAUAGAAAGUAUAACAAAUGCCAAAAUCUUACUGGAAUAUCAUCUGGCACAUUUGAAGGAAGUGGAGAAGCUAAGGCAAGAGAAGCUGGAGAUCGACCAGCAGCUAAGGAGCCAGGUCGGAUCAGUGCAGAACUUCCCCCUGCCCCGGCGUCCAGGCCCAGAAAGGAACUACAACUCGGAGGGGGACUCUGGGAGGGGCCGAGGAGGUGGCCCCCUGAGGGGGAGGGGCAGGGGCGGCGGCCCGGGCCCCGUGCGGCGGUGGGCGGGGGACUCCCGCUACAACAACAACACCAGCAACCACCCCGCCACGCUGAGCGACUACAUCGGCAGUGCGGACAAGAGGGGAGGACACAACUCGUACCCCAGGGGCGGGGUCAGUCGAGGAAGGGAGAGGGGAGGCGGAGAGAACAGCUCCCGGGGCCUCCCCAACCGGAAAUGACCGCCUCGCUAGCACCAACAGAAGUUAUUACGACUCUGAUGUAUACCUUACCUUUGAAAACGCGACAGCAUCUCCAAAUAGUGCUGUUGUCAUUUUGACUCGGACUAACCUAAGUUUCACUGUUGUUGACCAGAUGUUCUUAAAAUACAUAAUGCCGAUGAUUGAUUUGUCAUGAGAAAUCCCACUCACUUAUGUCCAUACCUCCUGAUAUGUCUCUUCAAGAUCUGCGAUAUGAGAAGUGUAUGAUCACUUUUCAAUUAGAGCUCGAGCUCCCUUUACAGCAGCGGGCAGUAGUUUACGAAAGGGUGCACUCCGCGCCCUUGGCCGAGAGACGAUUCCGUUACUGAUGCAUUAGACUAUUGCCUUGUUUCGAUCUUUUUUUUAAAAAUCAAGUCCCCUCGAUUUUGAGCAUCGAAAAACAGCCACGUUCGUAGCCGAAAGACAUUCAAAAUAAUAACAAUAAUUAAGCAUUUUGACUCAUUCACUUCUGUUUGGUGAUAGCAAUAAUCAGCCAUUUUCUGUUUUUACUCUUUUUGUAUAGUUGUAAACAUUGAAUUUUUCAUCAUUAUAAAUUUAGUCUAGUAUGAGUUUUAGCAAUAUUCGAAAUUCCAACUCUGAAAAAAAAAAUUCUGCAGUUUUUUCUAAUUGAUGAUGAGUAUAUUUUGGCUAUCUUAGAUGAUGAAGCCUUAUUGCAGUGCACUGUUGAUGAGUGUGGGAAGUUUGCAUUCAAACUAAUUUUGUUUUUUAUGCUUUUGUGUAGUUGUCAUGAAAGCAUCUCUUCAAUACUAAAUCAUUGAGGUUCGAUUUUCGUUUGUGCCGGAAACAAAGCCUGUAAAUAUCGGCUUUUGGCUUUGUAGAGGGAAACCUUUCGUGUAGGAAAUGUUCGGUUCUUUAUGUUGUAUGUUUUUCCUAAACUAAGUUGGCAGAGAUAGUCCUUGAACAUGACAUCUUUCCAGUUUACAGUGCGAAGCAUGUUAACUUGCAUCAGUAAUGCACCACCAGUAUUCAUUCAUUCUAAAAAGGCCUCGGAUCAUUCAAAGAUCCACUAUGCAAGACAGAGGCCUUUGCGAGUGUAUCGAACGAUACUCCAAAGAUUGCGACCCAAACCGAAUCAGAGCAUAAAUGGUAUGGAAGAUCCAGUGAGAGUACCACUUAUUCUGCAACACUGCGUCCUGGACUUAGUCGACCACUCAACAUAAAGCAAGUUUUCCCUGUCCCGAAAGUGUCAUGUUAUACAGGAACUGUGAUAUCCUCGAUGGUGGGAUAAUUAAGACACCCUCUUUGCAAAGGGAGUCUAGCAUAGCAUUAAGAAACGAAGUUCUGUGUACAAAAAAGAAGAUAGUCAGGAACACAGGACUCCAACUUGUGAGUUAGGGUGACUGAUGUCUUCUCAUUUCUACAUUGUUUGCUUUUAUAUUGAAAAAAAAGUAAUGUUCCUCAGGUUGUAAUAAA